CAGUAGAAAAAUGAUCUUCUUAUUAAUAACCUUGGUUGUUCUUGGUCGACUGGUCAGUGCUGAUCAAAAACAACUAUUGGCAUUGUCUUCGGCCUUGUCAAAUUUCUCCCAAAGACUUUACCAGAAGGUAUCUGUGGACGUGCCCAAUGUCGUCUACUCACCUUAUAGCAUCCAUACAGCUUUAUAUAUGGUGUCUUUAGGAGCAAGGGAAGACACUCAAACAGAGAUAAGGAACACACUCGGUAUUGCUUCCCUUGGUGACUCGGUUUAUGAAACCUAUAAGGAGCUAAUAAAACAGAUGAGAUCAGUUACAGAUGUUGAACUGAACACCUUAAACGCCUACGUGAAGAAAACUUACCUAAUAACUACUCCAGGUUCAAAGUUUAUGCUAGACACCUACGGAUAUUAUUCUGGCCAACUCCCAAGCAUAGACUUAGUCGACCCUGAAGGUCCUGAGGAACUAAUCAACGACUAUUUCACAGCUCGGACUAAAAAUAAAAUCAAUGAUCUUAUUCGACCUGGAAGCAUCAAUGAGCAUACAUCUAUGCUGCUGAUCAAUACGAUCUUUUUGAGUGGAACCUGGGAAACAGUUUUCGAUAAACGGAGAACGACAAAUAAAAAGUUUUAUCAGCCUGGAGGCAAAGUAAUAGAAGUUGAGAUGAUGAUCGACUACAGAAAUGUCAACAUAAAAAAAGAUAAUGUCAGCAAGGUGGAUGUCGCUGAGCUCCCCUUUAAAGGAGGUAGAUUUAGCUUGUAUAUUGCUCUGCCGCGUACAGUAAAUGGUAUCACUGACCUAGAGCAACUUCUAGUCGAACCAGAUCAAGCGGACCAACUGUUCACCGGACUCACCUCUGUCGGAGCUCGAUUAGUUAUCCCUAAAUUCAAGACGGAGACUAUGCUCAAUCUGAACACUCCUCUAAAGGAAAUGGGCAUUACGCAAGCAUUUAAUCCAAGUUCAGCCAACUUUUCGGGAAUAUCACCAGUUCAAAUCUUCGUCAACGAGGUUCUGCAGAAGGCUCUCAUCGAAGUCCAAGAAAUAGGAACCGUAGCUGCUGCUGCGCGUGCCAUGAAUGUGAAGAGGUUAUCUUCAGGACCUCUCCAUCUUAAAGAAAAUUUCAUCGCUGACCACUCUUUUGUCUAUUUCCUAAGAGAUAAUCAAACUGGACAGAUUCUCUUGCAAGGGAAAUUCACAGGUUGAAACUUCACACCAAUGGGAG